AUGUCCGGUGAAGAGCACAGCCUGUCCGAGGCGGAGCUGAGUCCCGGGGGGUCAGAAGAUGGUCACUCGCUGUCACCGAUCCAACCCGGAGCGCCCCCCGGCCAGGGCUCACCUCUGACCGGGCCGCAGCAACAGCUGACCGCGCUCUGCGUCGGGGACGUCAGCGGGGAGGACGAAGGGGGAUCCAGAGCCAAAUCAGAGGAAGAGGAAGACCGUUUCCCGAUCGGCAUCAGAGAGGCGGUUAGUCAGGUGCUGGACGGUUAUGACUGGACACUUGUGCCCAUGCCGGUACGCGUGAACAACGGAAACAAGUCGAAACCCCACGUCAAGAGGCCUAUGAACGCGUUCAUGGUGUGGGCGCAAGCGGCGAGGAGAAAACUGGCCGACCAAUACCCCCACCUGCAUAACGCGGAGCUCAGCAAGACCCUGGGCAAACUAUGGAGGUUUGUAUGAGGGAAAGAGGAACAGUGUGGCCAUACAGUGGCACGUUUCCUGCGUGGGAUGUGCGUAAAGGAUAAGUGCGGGGAUGGUGAACUCGAAUGCAAAAGAAGUCAAUAUACACAUGUUUAUUGGUAGGGUAAACUAAAUAGACAUAAACCUAGGAUUAUGUGGAAACUUCCUGAUGUGAAAUGAAGCCCUCUUUUAAAAUAUGUACCAAAUCUACAUUUACGUGGGCUAUGGCGAGUUUUAUCCAUUUGCCGUAUUUAUCUAUUACGCACAGGGUUAAAUGCGAUGAUAAUUUUAAUUUCCAGAUAUUUACUGGGAAAAAACAACAACUUUCGCAUUAGUUUCUGUAAGACUCAAAGUCACUCCUUGUUUUUUCCCCUCAGGCUACUGAACGAGAACGACAAGAGGCCAUUCAUCGAGGAGGCGGAGAGGCUGAGGAAGCAGCACAAGAAGGACUACCCAGAGUACAAGUACCAGCCCCGGAGACGCAAGAACGGCAAACUUACGCCUGCCAGUGAGUCUGACAGCCAGGGGGAAGGGGAGGCCAGCCACUCCCAGUCCCACUACAAGACCCUUCACCUGGAGCACAACGGUGGUGCUGGGUCUCCCUUAGGUGACCUGCACCAUCACCACCAUCACCACCAUCACCCUGCAGGUAAGCAGUUGCUGAACUUGUCGUUUGAACUUUUGCAUUUUACAAGACAUUUGAUCAUGACAAAAGGAACGGUAAGUAACACCUUAAUGAAACUUAAAACUUUGUUGUACCUGGGGUCAAAGUUCACCUUAUUGUAUUGUCCUCUCUCUCCAAUUUCCUCUAGGUCAGGGUCACAGCCCACCCACGCCCCCCACAACCCCAAAGACAGAGCUCCAGUCUGGGAAACUGUCUGAUGCCAAGAGGGAGGGGGCAGCAGGGGUGGCCGGGGGAUCAGGGGGGUCCAGGGGAGCCUUGGGUGUGGGAGCUGAAGGGGCCACAGGUGGUCCAUCUUCAUCAAGUGCAAAACCCCACAUCGACUUUGGCACCAUGGACAUCGGCGAGAUCAGCCACGAGGUGAUGUCCAACAUCGAACCAUUUGACGUGAAUGAGUUUGACCAGUACCUUCCUCCAAAUGGGCACCCACAGGGCGCCACCGGGGCCUCUGCAGCGGGGUCCUCAGCCUCCUCUUACGCCUAUGCUCUGGCCGCUGCCAGUAGCCACUCUGCCUGGCUUACCAAACAGCAGCAGCAGCCGCCUCAGGGCUCCCCAUCUUCUUCUGACCCCUCAAAGGCCCAGAUCAAGAGUGAGUCCACGUCUGGGAGCCACUACGCUGAGGCCUCAUCCUCCCCUUCCUCGGGCACCCACGUCACCUAUACCCCCCUCAGCCUCCCUCAUUACGGCUCCGCUUUUCCCUCCCUGGCCUCUAGGGCUCAGUUUGAGUAUGGAGAGCACCAGGCCCCUGGGGCAUACUAUGCCCACUCCAGUCAGGCCCCUGGGCUGUACUCAGCCUUCUCUUACAUGGGUCCUACACAGAGGUCUCUGUACACCACCAUAGGAGACCCUUCCAGCGUGGCCCCCUCCCACAGCCCCACACACUGGGAGCAGCCUGUUUACACCACACUCACAAGACCCUGA